GCUUUUGACAGAGUAGAUAAUGAGGAAGAAAAUGGAGCUGAUUUUCAUUCCUUCUCCAGGCAUUGGCCACAUAGUAUCCAUUGUUGAGAUGGCUAAGCUCAUAGUUGCGCGAGAUCAACGCUUUUCCAUAAUCAUCUUCGUCAUCAAACCACCCGGAGCCGGUGCCAUCAAUACCGACUUAAGCUCCUUCGACCAUAAGUACGAUCCAACACGCAUAAGGUUCCUCCAUCUCCGUGAACCAAACCCAGACUCAAUCAAACAUUCAAAUUAUGCAGUCAGAUUCUUUGCAAGCGCUGGUGAGAUCCAAAUACCGAUUGUCCGUGAAGCCAUUGCCGCCGAGGUCAUCAGCCGACCCGGAAAUCUUGUCGGGAUACUUAUGGACAUGUUCUGCGCCUGUAUGGUUGAUGUCGCAAAUGAAUUUCACGUUCCUUCUUAUAUCUACUUUCCCCCUAGCGCCGCUUGUUUAGGUCUGAUGAACCAUAUGCAGUCCUUGAGAGACAAAGAACACGGUACUGACGGGUCGGAAUUCAUGAAUUCUGACGUCCAGCUGGACAUACCCAUAUUCUCCAACCCAUACCCGGCGAAGGUUCUUCCGUUGUCGAUGAUCGACGAGGAAAACGGCUCCACCACAUUCCUUGGCCUGACCAAAAAGUUUAGCCAAUCCAAAGGUAUUGUGGUAAAUACAUUCGCGGGGAUGGAAUCCCUUGUUAUUAGAGUCAUUUCGGAAAAUGAGAAGCUCCCGCCGAUUUACCCGGUGGGUCCACUUCUCAAUCACGAGAAGGGUGUCGGAGGAGACGACGACGAACACGACGAGAUCAUGCGGUGGUUAGACGCUCAGCCUCAUUCGUCGGUGGUGUUCCUCUGUUUCGGGAGUAUGGGUAUUUUCGGGGAGGGUCAAGUGAAGGAGAUCGCGGUGGCGCUGGAGCGGAGUCGCCACCGGUUCUUGUGGUCUUUGAGGAUGCCACCUACAUCAACAGUUCCUAUAAAGGAGGUCCUGCCGGAAGGGUUCUUUGAGAGGACAUGUAAAGUUGGGAAAUUGAUAGGAUGGGCACCACAAGUGGAGGUUUUGUCGCACAAAGCGGUGGGGGGAUUCGUGUCGCAUUGCGGGUGGAACUCGACGUUGGAGAGUUUGUGGUGCGGUGUGCCAAUGGCGGCUUGGCCUUUGUACUCGGAGCAAAAAAUGAAUGCGUUCUUGUUAGUGAAGGAAUUGAAGUUGGCGGUGGAAGUGAAGAUGGAUUAUCAUAUGAACUUUAAUGGAGUAGAGGAGGAAAUUGUGGAGGCCUCAGUGAUCGAGAAGGCGAUAAUGCAGCUGAUGAAUGAUGGGAGGAUGAGGAAAAGGGUGAAGGAUAAGAGCCAAAAGAGUCGAGAAGCAGUGAUGGAAGGAGGAUCUUCUUACAUAUCUUUGGAUCGAUUCAUAGACGAUGUAAUCCUCAAUGCACCCUCGUCUUAAGAUUUCAUUGCCAUGUAUAAAUAAAUAAAUUAGUAAAUAAUGUGGAUUUGAUCUCAUGUACGUCUUUGGUUAAGUUUUUUCAAUAUAAUACAAAUAGUAAAUUUAGUACUAUUA